GCUGUCUACAACUAUGCCAAGGUGGAAUGCAAAUGUCACGGCGUGUCGGGGUCCUGCGCCCUGAAGACUUGCUGGCAGCAACUGCCAACUUUCAGAGAGGUUGGCGACCGUCUUCGGGACCGCUACGACGGAGCCACAGAAAUCAAAUUCAACAGAGGCGGCAUCAAGCUGGUCAGAAAGAACAAAAGAUACAACAAACCUUCAAAAGAAGAUCUCAUUUACAUGGACGAAUCUCCAAAUUACUGUGUACCCAACGCCGAGACCGGCUCCAUAGGUACAGUGGGUAGAGUGUGCCAUAAACAGUCUCAAGGCAUGGACGGCUGUAACUUAAUGUGCUGUGGGCGUGGUUACAACACGUUCAAGCAGAAGCUAGUGGAGCGGUGUAACUGUAAAUUUUACUGGUGCUGUUUCGUGAAAUGUAAAACGUGUGAGCGAAUAGUCGACGUCACUACGUGUAAAUAG